UGUUCAUCUCCCCCUGGCCCAUAAUCACCCUGAGAUCAACUAUAUAUACACCGAGAGUAUCGAUCAAGGACUACUCAAUAUAAGCAACCCCUCAGAGCAAGAAGCUUCACGAAAUCUGAAAACCCCCCUACUGGCUGCUGAAACUGGUGUUUCAGUGCUGAUUUGGUGUAGAUCGAACUGAAUCAAUGGCGGGUGGUUUAGAAGGGACCUCGUUUGAGUUCACACCCACAUGGGUUGUCGCCGCCCUUUGUACGGUCAUCGUUGGGAUUUCCAUCGCUGUCGAACGUCUACUCCAUUACACCGGCGAGAAACUGAAGAAGGCAGAUCAAAAGCCCCUUUUUGAAGCCCUGCAAAAGAUCAAAGAAGAGUUGAUGCUGUUGGGGUUUAUUUCGCUUCUGUUAACCGUGUUCCAGUCUAAAAUCAUCAAGAUUUGUGUGAACAAGAGUAUAGUCGACCAUCUUCUCCCAUGCUCGUUGAGUGAAAGAGACAAGUUACAGGGUACAUCUCAUCUUCGUCAUCUGCUUGCUGAAGAAACAACAGCCAUGGGCUAUUGUGCUCUAAAGGAAAAGGUCCCGCUACUAUCUCUUGAGGCGUUGCAUCAUCUACACAUCUUCAUUUUUAUUCUUGCGGUUGUUCACGUGACCUUUUCUGUCAUCACCGUUAUAUUUGGAGAGGUGAAGAUGCGAGAAUGGGAGCGUUGGGAAGAAUCUAUCACAGAAGAUGAUUUUGAUACCCUACAAGUUUUGCAGCGGAAAGUGAGCUUUGUUGAAGAGGCUGAUGAUUUCUUCAAGAACAGAUUCUUGGGUAUUGGAGGAAGCUCAGCCAUCCGAGGCUGGCUGCAUUCUUUCUUCAAGCAAUUUUACUGGUCUGUGACCAAGUCAGAUUAUGUGGCACUGCGUUUGGGAUUUAUUACAAAUCAUUGCAAGGGGGUCCCGAAGUUCAAUUUUCACAAGUACAUGAUACGCGCCCUGGAAGAUGAUUUUAAAGAAGCCCUUGGGAUCAGCUGGUAUCUGUGGUUAUUCGUGGUCAUAUUCUUGUUGAUGAACAUUAAUGGUUGGCAUACAUAUUUUUGGAUAGCUUUUGCCCCAUUCAUUCUUCUACUAGCUGUGGGAACGAAGCUGGAGCACAUAAUUAUUCAGUUGGCUUAUGAGGUGUCUGAGAAACAUAUAGCCGAAGAAGGCCACAAAGUGUUGAUAGAACCCAAGGAUGAUCACUUUUGGUUUAACCAGCCAAGAAUCCUUCUUUUCUUAAUGCAUUUCAUCCUCUUUCAAAAUUCCUUUGAGAUUGCAUUCCUCUUCUGGAUAUGGCUUCAAUUUGGCUUUGACUCUUGCAUCAUGGGGAAACUGUGCUACAUUAUCCCGCGACUCAUCAUUGGGGUAUUCAUUCAGGUUUUGUGCAGUUAUAGCACUCUACCACUUUAUGCUCUACUGACACAGAUGGGAACUAAUUUCAAGUCAGCAAUAUUUGCGGAGCAUAUAAAACCACUACUCAUGGGUUGGGCUAAAGAUGCCAAGAAAAGGGUGGCACAUAGCGGGGGAAUCAGUGGCUCAUCUUCAGCUGUUGAGCUCAAAGCUUCAGUUGAUCAUGCCUGUUAGUUUUGCUUGGUUUAACUCAACCACAACCAGUUGUCGUAUAAAACCACAACUCCCUAAUAUUAUGGCAGUGUUUAAUGCUAGCUUAUCAAUAAGCUAUCUCAAAUAGCUUAUCAAAAAGCUAAGCUUAUAAGCUACAAUAAAUUACUUUUGUGUAAAUUGCAAUAAACUUAAAAAAAAACAAGUUAGCUUAUGUGCACAAAAAUAAAGCCCGUGUAGGGUUUAUGUUGGAAA